AUGUCCUAUCCCCAGAUGACACCGGUGCGGCCGGUGCCAGGCGCCUUCCUCAACACGCCCGCAGCCUCCAGAUUCGCCAGCGACAACAACGAGCCGGUUAGGAGACGACUUUUCGCAGAGGGCGACGCACCUUCAGGUAGCAGCGGCGCGCUGGUGGGAGGAUCAAAUUUGGCACCUGCGACGAUUGCAUCAACCGGUACGAGUGGAGGAUUGGUGUCGACCGCACCUUCGCAAGCUCCUCAGCAAAACCUUCCGCCCGUCACGAGAGCAGCACAGGCGGUCAACCAGUUCCUCCAGUCUGACGAGAACUAUCCCGAGCUCGAUUCGUAUUGCAGGCGAGCGUCGUCGGACUAUGACUUUAACACCCUCGACUCGCCCUGGGCACCCUUCCACAAGACCCAGAUGUAUCCGAUCCCGAACCAGGUUUUUAGCCACUACAAUACUGGCCAACUCCAGACGUUGAUGGGUUUGUUCGCCGAGAUCAACCAUGCCUGGGUGGUCAUCGAUAACUCGCUGUUCCUCUGGGACUACACCCACCCCGACCCCGAACUCAUUGGCUUCGAGGACCAACCACACACGAUUCACGCCGUCGCUCUCGUUGCACCCAAGCCAGGCAUCUUUGUCAAUACCAUUACGCAUAUUCUAGUUGUUGCGACGUCGUCCGAGAUGAUUCUCCUCGGCCUCUCCGCCGAGACCACGCCAUCGGGGACCAAGACUGUCUCGCUUUACAGCACCAAGCUCAAUCUCCCCCUCCGAGGCACCGAUGUCAGAGUGAUUGCUGGAAGCGCUGACGGCCGCAUCUUCUUUGGAGGUAGCAAUGACACCGAUAUCCACGAGCUAUACUAUCAGCAGGAGGAAAAAUGGUUCUCGAACAGAUGUGGCAAGAUUAACCACACUAACCCAGGAUGGUCUUCAGUAGUCACUCUUCAGAGCAGCUUCUGGACACAUAAGUCUCCGGAAGGUCUUCAGAGCAUCGUCAUUGACGAUUCCCGGAAACUUGUCUACACUCUGUCGACGAGAUCUACCAUUCGCACGUACCAUAUGGAUGGGCCUAACAAGCUGACCAAGGUCAUCGAGAAAGAGCGAAACGCCUGCCUACGCGACAUAACCCAUAUGAUCACCCAGUCCCCUCUACUCAACGACCGAACAGCCUUCGUUGCUAUCAGCGCUAUUCCGUCUCGUGAGGCAUCGAAGCUGCACCUAAUGGCUCUCACCAACACCGGCUGCCGUCUGUUCCUGAGCGCUACAAGCUCUGCCUCGUACAUGAUUGGCGGCGUUUCUUCAAACACACCUCCUCAAAGCAUGCAGGUCCAGUUCAUCAAGUUUCCACCGUCAGAUAAGCCUGGACGAUCCGGUACCAACAGUGCUGGCGAUGCUGUUAUUGAUCUUGGCUCAAGGGCGUUAGAAUUGAGCCGACUCGGUGCUCGAUUUGCGCCGGGCUACUUUUUGGACUUCGUCGUCAAGGAUAACGACCCGAACAUUGACCUGCUGUUUGUUUCCGCUCCCGAGACUGGCCGAAUCAAGGCCAACUCGUCUUCGGCUGCUCUCAAGUACUACGAGCACGGGAACUGGAUCGAUAUUGGAAGUAGAGCCGAAGAUGUGGGUUUGGUUACAAAGCCGUUUGCCGCAGCAAAUCAGCCUGUUGGUUUUGGAAACGAGCUCGCGGUCCAGUUCGACCAGCCGGCUACCGAGUUUGCUGUGCUGACAAACACUGGUGUACACAUCAUCCGCCGCCGCCGGCUGGUGGAUACUUUCGCUGCCGCCAUUCGCGGUGCGGUGGGAGACGAAGGUCUUGAGCUGGAGACCCGAAAGUUCAUUUCCCGAUAUGGUCGUGUGGAAACCAUCUCCUGCGCUCUUGCUGUAGCUUGCGGUCACGGUGGUGAUGCCAGGCCUGGUGCGACGCGGGCGAUCGAUCAGGCGACAGAAGACCGCGCACGAACAGUCUUCGUCGACUACGGUGGCCAGCCCUCCAUUACGGAGGCUGAUGGUACACCUCUCAACACAACCUCCGUUCGCCUAUCUCCUAGACACGAUGCUCUCAGCGUUUACCUCACCCGCCUCAUUCGCACAAUAUGGAAGAACCACGUUGUUGCUACAGCUGCCAGCCCAAAUGGCGGCGUUACUAUUCAGUCAAUGGUACCUGUCGCCAAGCUUCAUUCCACACAGGAGCAGCUGGAACGUCUCCGCAGAUUCCUUGAUGCGAACAAAAGUUUCAUUCAGGGCCUAUCUGGUCCUUCCGACCUUCAAAGAGUGGCCAGCAAGCAAGAGGAAGUUGCUCUUCAAGCAGAGCACCAAGCUCUGCAUGCGCUUCAGAAACUGAUGGAGAGCAUCUCUGAGGGUAUCUCAUUCGUUUUGAUGCUCUUCGAUGAGCGAGUCAGUGACAUCUUUACGAGACUGGAUGCCACGGCCCAGCAGGGACUGAAAAACCUUACAUACGAGAGCCUGUUCUCACAGUCUUCCGGAAAGGAUCUUGCAAAGCUGCUCGUGAAGUCCAUCGUCAACCGCAACAUCGAGAGCGGCUCCAACGUCGAGACAGUUGCGGAUGCCCUUCGGAGACGCUGUGGCAGUUUCUGCAGUCCCGAUGACGUUGUCAUCUUCAAGGCUCAGGAGCAGUUGAAGAGAGCGUCUGAGCAGCCGUCCAACAGCAACCAAUCUCGCGCGCUUCUGCAUGAGAGUUUGAGGCUCUUUGAACGUGUCGCUGGUGCUCUUUCAUUUGCCAAUCUACACAACGCCGUGUCCCAGUACAUCGACCUGAAAUACUACGCCGGUGCCAUCCAGCUCUGCCUCACCGUUGCCCGUGAGAAGGAUAGGGGCAACACUGCUCUCUCAUGGGUACAUGAUGGCAAGCCUGUGAACGACCCUCGAGCCAACGCCUUUUCCGAACGCAGGAAAUGCUACGAACUCAUUCACGAAGCUCUGCAACACUUGGAUGCCGCGUCAAGCAGGGAACCUGAGACGAUUGAUGGUAGACUGACUUUGAUGGGCACAAAACGCCUCGAGGCUUACAGUGUGGUAAACGACUCGGACGACGAGGUCUUCCACUUUGACCUUUACGAGUGGUACAUCGAGCAGGGAUGGACUGAUCGGAUCCUCGCUAUCGAAUCACCACACGUCAUUACAUACCUUCAGAGCCUGGCCAGAAGCAAUCCGGACCACGCGGAUCUUCUCUGCAGGUUCUAUACCCAACGAGAGCGGUACUUCGAGGCUGCUCAGGUCCAAAACGAUCUCGCCCAAUCCGACUUCGCCAUUGGUAUCAAGGACAGAAUUAUUCUCCUGAGCAAGGCCAAGGCGAAUGCCAGCGUUGCCACAGCUGGUGUUGGCAGACAGCAACAGCAGGUUCUGGCUCACGAAGUCAGCGAGCUUCUUGACAUUGCAAACAUCCAGGACGACCUAUUGGAGAGGCUCAAGGCCGACAGCCGCGUUGACCCUGAACGCAAGGCUCAGAUUGAGGAAGCGUUGGACGGCCAGGUAAUAUCGUUGUCUGAUCUAUUCAACCAAUACGCCGACCAGGCAAACUACUACGAUCUUUGCCUUCUCAUCUACCACAGCGCUGAUUACCGCAACCCAAGCACAAUUUCCCAAACAUGGGUUAGUCUGAUCGAGCAAAUUCAUGAGGAGGCAGUGGAGCGGAUGGAGGAAGCUGGUCCCGGCAUCCCUGUUCUGCCCUCGCCUUACGAAUCCGUGUCGGUGAAGGUGCAGAACAUCGCCCACCGCACUUCUUUGGACAGUUUCAUCUUCCCCGUGCCGGUGCUACUCCCUGAGAUAUGCCGAUAUGCCGUCGAGUACCACCAAGAUGCUGAGAUCGGCGCCGAUCCUACCUGGCCUGUUCAGCUUUUCCUCAGCCUCGGCGUCUCUAACGACAUGGUAACUCGUGUGCUGGAGAGUGUGUUCGACACGCAAGACUACGGAUUCAGCGGUAACAACCGCAACCGCAUCAUCGAGCUCAUUGUUUUCUCUGUCGAUGUUUGGCAACGGGAGGUGAAGCGUCGCGGUGCUGCCUCGAUGAAGGGCGACGGCGCUCUUGGUGCGUGGGUUAAGGACCUGCUCAGCAGAUGCGAGGCAUCACUGCCCCCUGCGGGCCACGGAUCGAAUCCUGGUGGUAUGGAGUUGUCAGAGGUGAGGAGGCGUCUGCGGACGGUGAGGAGAGAUGUCGAUGGCCUCGUUGAGAGAGGUCCUUCUGGAAGCUUGCGCUUCCUGUAA